CCAUACGACGUCGUCACAACACAAAAGUGCAUUAGCACGGUGGUUUUUGUUGAAUGCCAAGAGUCUUCCAUUUUUGUUGAUUCCGCUGUGCGAUCAAUUCUCUGAAGUGGCUUCGAAAGAUGGCAAAAAAAGAAAAAAGAAGCAGGUCAAAGAGCAAAACCAGGAGGCCAGCUGACGAUCCUACUAUUUCGGCAGACGAUAACGUUUCGACCCUCGAGUCUCAUGAAAAUGAAGAAAAAAAUGUAGGAUUCGAGACCAAGCAAUUGUCGUCCGAGAGCAAAAAGAAGAGAAAAGCCGAUGAUGAGGACAACGAGGAGGAGGACAAUGCCACUGAAAAGAAGGAAAAGAAGAAGAAGAAGAAGAAGGGAAAAAAAAUGAAACGAGAUGAGAAAGACGCUGAAGCUAACAAUGAAGAAUCUACCGGCGCCAUUUCUAGUGGAGAGAAGAAGGGAUUCUUCUCCGAACAAACAUUUGCGUCAUUGCCCCUUACAGAGGAAACAAAGCAAGCGAUCAAUAACAUGGGGCACGAAAAGAUGACAAAGAUUCAGUCCAAAUCGAUUCCCGCAUUACUUGCCGGGAAGGAUUUGAUCGGAGCAGCGCAAACUGGAAGCGGAAAGACUCUCGCCUUUCUUGUACCCAUCGUCGAAUUGUUGCGAAAGGCAAGAUUUCACACACGUAACGGAACGGGGGCUAUGAUCUUGUCCCCAACUAGAGAGCUAGCGAUGCAAAUCUAUGGGGUAUGUAAGGAGUUGCUGGGGGAAAAGUCAACUUUGACCUAUGGACUUAUUAUGGGAGGAGCCAAUCGGAAGACGGAAGCCGAACGCCUAAGAAAGGGAGUGAAUAUUGUUAUCGCCACACCUGGUCGAUUGCUUGAUCACCUUCAAAAUUCCCCAGGAUUUGUGGUUCGAAACCUUUUAGUAUUUUGUAUGGACGAAGCAGACCGCAUUCUUGAGAUCGGGUUCGAGGACGAUCUGCGUGCAAUUGUCAAGAUGCUUCCCAAAGAGCGCCAGACUAUGCUAUUUUCUGCCACGCAGACCAAAAAGGUUGAAGAUCUUGCAAGGCUUUCAAUUAACCCCAAAAACGCUAUCUAUGUCGAAGUGGAGUCCAAUAGAAAAGAAGCUACGGCCGAAAAUCUUGAACAAGGUUACGUUACGUGUCCCUCCGACAAACGAUUUCUGCUUCUCUUCACCUUUUUAAAGAAGAACAAGAAUAAAAAGAUCAUKGUAUUCUUAUCAUCUUGUAAUUCCGUGAAAUUCCACGCUGAAUUGCUAAAUUACAUCGACAUCCCGGUGCUGGAUAUUCACGGUCGACAAAAACAGGUUAAACGUACGACAACAUUCUUCCAGUUUCAGAAGGCCAAAACUGCAACUCUCUUGUGUACAGAUGUUGCUGCCCGUGGGCUUGAUAUCCCCGAAGUUGAUUGGAUUAUCCAGUUUGACCCACCGGAUGAUCCUAGGGAAUACGUUCACCGCGUAGGGCGAACUGCGCGUGGUGCGACCGGCUCGGGUAGGGCAUUGAUGUUCUUGACACCGCAAGAAACAGGUUUUCUUCGGUACCUGCAAGCUGCUGCACGGGUGACAUUGAAUGAAUAUGAGUUUCCUACGUCGAAGAUCGCAAAUGUUCAAUCCCAGCUCCAGUCACUGAUAGAGAAAAAUUACUAUCUGAACAAGUCUGCUAGAGAUGCUUACCGGAGUUAUCUUCUUGCGUACGCAAGCCAUUCCCACCGUGAAAUAUACAACGUUCACGAACUUGACUUACAAGCCGUUGGCCUAGCUUUUGGUUUUUCAACCCCCCCUCGGGUGGACUUGGCUUUCUCAGCUCGUGGUGAUAAGCGGAAUGUGAAAAGAAAAAACAAGAACGCGAAGCAGAAACGUCUCGGAUCCGGGCAUAGUUUCAGUGCCUCAAAUCCAUAUGGAAAACGCGAAUCAGGAGACAAACGUCAGUUUUCUCACUGAACGAACCAUUCAGCUUGUAACGAAUGAAAAACGACCUUUAAAAUCUUUGUUACUUUAUGAGAGAGUUAUCAGUUAUCCGGCAUUGUGAUUCGCACUUUCAUGUCGAUCCUUUUUUGGUUGUCCAUCGUCACAACGCUCAGAUUACUACGCGUAAAAUAACAAUUGAAAUUACGU